GGGGUGUGGCUCAUUCAACAGUAUCAGUAAGAGUGAUGUUAGGGAGGACAAUCGAUGCUCCAGCAAGGAUCCGCUCCAAUGUGCGUUCUCCUUUGUUUUGCCCCUUUUCUCUCGCCGUCGCUACAUUUUUUUUUUAAACUCGAGACAUAGGCACAUUUGGGAAGGCAAUAUUAGUAAGAUGGCGGCAUCCCCAACGGGAAGCGCUAUGGAUGCUCAGGCUCGAUUUGGCCACUCAGUGAAAGGGUUGCUGACCGAGAAGGUGACCAGUUGCGGCACAGAUGUUAUCGCUCUCACUAAACAUGUGCUGAGGGGAUCUCGGAGCGCCGAGUUCCUCGGGCAGGCUGCCAGAAACAUGGUGAUGCAAGAGGAUGCUAUCCUGCACUCUGAAGACAGUUUAAGGAAAAUGGCCAUUAUAACUACUCAUCUGCAGUAUCAGCAAGAAGCUAUUCAGAGAAAUGUUGAACAGUCUUCUAAUUUGCGUGAUCAACUGAGCCACCUCUUGAAAUGAAAAGAGAGCAAUGGACAAUACCAAACAAUGGCUGGAAACUGAUGAAAAAAACUGUGUCCCAAGAAUUGUGGAGUCCCAUCUUGUUUUCUGUUUUGCUUCAGCAAUUGCACUAUGAGACUGUCCUUGCAAAUGUCACAUGCAAGUUGUGAUAAUGGUUGUGUUGCUUAGUGGCACAUGUAGCUCAGUGCAAAGGAUCCUGGCUUGAGAAGGGAGUAAUUUGUUAAUUUGCUCAUUUCAAGUGUUCCUUUUCUAAAAAGAUGGUGCUUCCUUGUAUUUAUUUUAUGCCUUUUUUUUCUUAAGGUCACUAGGAAAUGGCAAAAGUAAUCUUAUAAUAGUUAGCCUCGCACAUCUUCCUAAAUAUUUUCACUUGUUCCCAGAAAUGUGAUGCAGAAAUUAUGGCAACCAACAAUGUUGAAGGCAGAAAUCUUCUUUCAGAGAAAGAGCCAUGUGCUCAAGGGCUGGGUCCUUUUCUCUCUCUGCUUCGUUUUUAGUUAGUGGGAGCCAAGAUUACUGAGUGCUGUUUGGAUAUCUGGAAGCUUAUUUCAAUUUGGUAUAAAUGUCUUACAAGCCUAUUCUCAAAAAUUCUGUAUGUUUCAUGGUACAAAAACUGUAGUGAAAAAUGUUUGGGAAAUAAAGUACAAAGAUUUUAAUAAA